GUGGGCGGGUCUUGUUGCCAUGGUCACGCUUAAAACACAAGUUGUGAUUUAUUUACGGGCUCUCUGUCUCUCUCAUUGUCUCUCCGAGUCUCCCCGAGUCUCCCCGAGUCUCGGUUGCAGCUUGUUUAUCGGGUCGGGGGUAACUUUGUCACACUAUGGCCUUCUUCGGUCUAACACAACUGGGUUACCAAAACCCAAUAGGCGAUAAAAUGAUCGUGAAUCCCAGAGGAGCGUCUCAUCUUCGGGAUGGUGGGAGAGCAGGACUACCUCCAUCUCUUCAAGAACAGCAGGGACCCCUCACAUGCACAGACACGUGCAACGUUUCCCACCAGCCUCUUUCCUACAGCGCUGACAUACACCAUGGGAGCCAUGAGCGAUACAAAGAGAUGAUCAAACGGGCUCAAACUCCCAGAUCCCCUAACCAGCUGUACAUAGUGCCGCUGACGGAGAGCCAGCACUAUGGAUGGAUGACGUCCAGGAGUCCUGCCCCGUGGACCCAGGUCAAACGCUUUCCCCGAAAGAACAGUGAGAUGACAAAGUUUGUUAAAGAUAUUUCAGCGACAGACCGGGAGUUCUCGCUGUUCUGACAGCCUUUCUUCUUCAGUUCACACACACACACACACACACACACACACACACACACACACACACACACACACACACACACACACACCAAAAGCAGCAUCAGCUUUGAACUUUAAAUUAAAUUGAUAACUGAUCUGCUUUUUGACAUUUUUCAUGCUUGAUUUUGAUUCCUUCACUAAUGUUUUUUUCUUUUAAAUCUAGUUUUAUUGUUGGCUGUUUUGUCACACGAAGCUAUGAAUGAUACUUUUCAACCCUUAUUCAUAUACAUAUAUAUUCAUAUUUAUGUUUUAAUUGGUGUAUUUUCAACUGGACAUGCAGUAUAAGAUAAGAAGUCAUCUUGCUGCCCCUCUAGGAGUCCAGGCAAAGACCUGCACAUUCAAAUGCACUUCUGGAGUGAUCCAUAGAGAGUCAUGUUGUACUGCCCUCUAGAGGACAUUAAUAACUAGAUGAUGGUCUUCAUGCGAGUAGUUGAAAGCAUGUUAGUAAUAGGGCCAUGUUGAGUUCUUUACCUACCAAUAGCUCUAACACGUCAAACAGCAUGAUAUGUCCCAAAAACUACUUAAUGGACUUCAUUCAGUAAUACAAAAUUGGCAGAUUAGGGUGUCAAAAUGAAAGGCUGUUACUUACCAUAACUCACCUGUUGAUGGUGCAAAGUGGUUCAGGUUGGUCCUGCAGCUCUGCGGUGGUCUCCAUCAGUGUCCUUGUUUUGGUGUUCCUUUACUUCUCAAAAGCCUCAAGUAUUCUUAACGAGCCAGUUCAAUUCACGGUAGAAAAAAUGUCUUACGGUUAGUCGUCUAACUUUGAGAAUAUCUUUGUUUGCAGGCUUGUGUUGUCUAAUAUACGUUGUAAUGGUGCUGCUAUUUUCUGAUUCUGUGAAAUAAGUAAAACUUUGUACACAUGUAGCUGCCCGUGUCAGUCACUCUAAACGCGUCCAAAGCAGGGGUGUUGUUUCCAGUUACAGGGUCAUUGCAUAUAGUCAAUGUUAUAUUAUAAUUUAAAAGGUCGGCACACAGAAUCGUAAUGGAUGCUCUUAUAAAAGGAUCUAGCUGUGGUUAUUAAGUAUGCUAAUAUUUCUAGUCCUGUGAAUAUAAAGUUUGAGGUUAUUGCAUAAUGUAUGGUGACGCCUGUGUUUCUAUAAACUACAUGUAAUAUAUAUUUGCACUGCAGUACAUCUAACAACAUUAGUGAAUAUAUGAACACGCAAAACAGCCAUUGAUUUUUUUUUAUUUUUUUUUUCUUCAAGGGGAAAUGUUAAUUUUUCUCAUUGUCAUAGUCCUCAACUCUUUUUGUCCUUCAACUUUGCAACUACACUCCCCUUUCAACUCCUCCAACUCAGGGAAAAUACAAAUAAAAACUAAAACAAAUACGGAAGGAUUCAUCAGGCCUGAGCAAAAACACUGUUUCAGUAGUAUGGGGGGGGACACACAACCUUCCUCCCCUCUGCUGUUCUCCCCCCCCCCCCCCAAAACAUCCCAAGAGUUAACAAUCAACACAAGUCUAUGGACAGCCAAUAGAAAUAGAAUACAUACAAUGCACAUUUUUUAAAACUCAUGUCCUUUCUUUAAACUCUCUGCUUAUAUGAAGCACCCUUCGCUGGUCAGUUCACGUGAUAGUUGGUGAUCUCCAUUACAUUACCGCCCUCUGGUGCUGCCGCCGAGGCCAAACAUCACUGCACAGGAGGGGACCGACAGCACAGGGCUGCGUGAGCUGGCUUUGGUACAAACAUGAUCAACUGUUGGUUGCCAGUGUUGUGUGUGUGUGUGGCGGAAGAGCUAAUUGCCGAUUCU